AUGUCGGACCCGCCGGCUUCGCAGAGACCGAGGCUCGAACUCGGGCCAAAGGUGGUGGAAGAUGAUGAGGACUUUCCCAGUCGGCACACCAGUUCGUGCUCGGACCAGGUGAUGCAGGAUGUUGCCGUGUUUGGGGCCGCCGGCGCCGCUUCCAGCAGCAGUUCUUCGCUUCCCAGCACGACCUACGCUUCCAGUAAGAUCGGACCGCCGGGGAACAGUCUGACGCUGAGCAUGCGGGACCGGAGUAGUAGCAGCAACGGGCCGAUGAAAAAGAACCCGGAUGACCACGACAAGUUCGCGAGUCGGUGCCUGAGCCCGUCGUACAAGGCACGGCGGAGGGCGUCCGGGCGGGGGACGUUCAACACGCCGCGCGUUUCCAUGUCGAGCAAGCCGGUACGGCGGCGGCCGUCGAACCAGAAGCCCGGGCCGCUGAACAACCUCUCCUCCAGUCCGCGGUGGCUCGGCAACUUGUACCCCAGCAACUACGACGUGGAGCCGGACACGCCAGCGGUCGAGCGGGCGUCGUCCGCCUCGAGCCUGUCUGGGCUGCUUAGCGGGGGGUUACCGAACCGGAAAUCUCUGGCGGCGGGGAACAGUCGGAUCAACGACUUUUUCAACGUGGACAUGAUUGGUACGGUCGAAAAUAAUAACCAGAGUGCUGCAAGCACUACCAGCGGUACUGGUGGGGGUCUUCUUCAAGGGGGGCAACUGCUACAAGGCUGCACAGAUGCGGAGUCUUCAAUGGUGAUAUCUACUUCCGACUCGCUCGGUGGCACUCCGCGGGGGCUGGAAGGGUUUUUGUCGAAGACUUCGCCGACGUUUGGGGUCACCGGGGCGCGGACGCUCUUUCCCAGUGCUGCCACACAAGGUGCUGGGGUCAUGAAUAGCAGCGGUCAAAAUAGUAAUUCAGCUCCGAGUUCUUCUUCAUCCGAUAUGAUGGGCAGCAGUAGCAGUCUCGGCACACCGCUCAUGUCAUCUGCUUCCACUACCAUGCCGGCGCUGCAAAGUCACGACUUGGUGGAGGCACAAUCGCUGUUGGAGACCCCUUCCCCCGUUGCGAAUCCCGCAGCCCGCGCUUCCGCGGUGCCUCCGCCGGCGAUGGGGACCAUUCUGGAGGAAGAAGAAUUUGACGAGAAUGACGAGAAUCGACAGCGCAAUUCUUGUGGAAAGAGCAAACUUGUGAUGCCGCAGCCGGAGCACGCGCCGUCCUACAGCGGAGUGGAUCUCGACAGCGGAGUAGAUGACCAAAUGGAAGUGUAUUUUGAAAACGGUAGCAACCCGUCAUCUGGAGCGUCACUGUCACAAAAGCCCGAUCUGCACAAACAAAUUCCCGCCUGGAACAAGCUCCACGAACGCGUUCUGCUGCGAAUGAUCUCGCCGCCGCUUCAACAUGUUGCAGGGGUGCCACCUAGUUCUGGAGGUCCAGGCAUCGAGCGUGGGUCGUUUGCGCCGCAAGACGGGAAGAUGAAUGCCGCAAGUACAGCAACAACAAAUGAGGUGUUCACUUUGGAAGCCGGCGUGGGCUAUUCACUGUGGGAGGGUAACGAAACCGGCGGUGGUGCAUCUUCCUCUUCUUCGCAGCCGCCACGACCCCGGGAAGGAAUGUUUCAGACCAUGCCGGGUCUUACAACUCCCCGCGAAAACAGCCAGGACAACAGUGGAAUGCCGAUUUCCAGCAGCAGCAGCGGUUCAGCUGCUUCAAGGGGGCUAAUGGGACCACCGCCGAUGACAGGCGGCAGCACUACAAUGGUACCGGCGGCCAACAACAUCUUCAAUAACCCCGUCCUAGAACAAAGAACGGUGACCCAAAGUGGUGCUGCUCCAGCAGCCGGCGCUGGUUUUGGGGUACUAAAUCCACCAACGCAACAGCACCCAAAGAUCCCGCCACUUGCCUUGAAUCUUCCCCGGGCAAUCUCGACCUCGAGCAACCAAGAUAAAGACACGCGGGCGACCACGCCCGCGUUUGAGAUGAACAACGGGAAUUCGUCGACUUCGGAAAUAAACAAGAAGUCCAAAAGCGAGCCGAAAUCGGGGCUGCGUCGGAGAGGAGAGAUUGUCUUGGCGAUGAAUGGUCUGUCCGGCACUGGUGGAAGCAGCAGCAGUAGUGGUAGUAACAUCUUCACUCAGCAACAAAAUGCCCCGGGGGGGACGGCGGGGCCACAGGGCACAGCUUCGAGCAGCAGUAGUUUAUUCGCAGCACAACCGCAUGCAAUCAACCAGCAGCAUGCGGCUGCUUCCUCCAGCAGCAAUAGCUCCGCGAUCCCUCACGUCCCGCCGCAACACGAACAGCAACAGAACAGUAGCGCCAUGUUCAACAAUGCCAGCCGCGCCCCGUCCUCGACACAUCCCCCUCUUGGCGUGCUCUCGCGGUCGACCUUGCUCGGGCUGAACCGUCUGGCGAAGACGAACUCCAUUGCGAUUUCGUCCGAAGCCGCGUCGUCGGAGGUGAGUAGCAUGCGGGAGUACGACUUUGCGCCGGGGGUGCGGAAGCGGAAAAAGUCGGACUCGGUCGUCGCAAACUUUCCAACGGACGAAGAGAACCUGGACGACGACUCGGACUUGUCCUUCGUGCCGCCGCCCGCAAAACGGCCGCGGGCGGCGACCAUGACCGAAUUGGAUUCCGAGCGGCUGCAGCAGCUGCGCGAGAGUCCCGAAGAUGCCGGCUUCGCCGGGGCGAUCUUGGAAGAAUUCCGAAGUUCGUGA